AUUUUCCAACCAGCGGGGGGCAGUAGUGAGCUGCGGUUGUUUUUAAAUGUACCCGAAACCCGCGAAGGAGACUGUUAGCCUCACCAUGGCGGAAGCAGAGCAGCAGUCAGGAUCCACUCCUGAGGAUGAAGCAUCUAAAGCCACAGACAGCGUCACCUUCAUGGUGCCCAAGAAAGAAAUCAGCAUGGUGCCGGACAUGGGGAAGUGGAAGCGAUCUAUGGCGUAUGCUGACUACAUCGGCUUCAUUCUGGCGCUGAAUGGAGCCGUGAAGGGAAAGAAGCUCUCGUGUGAAUACAAAGUUUCAGAGACAGUGCAGAAGUUAUUAGAUCUUUUGGGGACUCUGGACCGAUGGAUAAACGAGACCCCUCCCGUUGACCAGCCCUCACGCUUUGGGAACAAGGCCUACAGAACCUGGUACUCCAUACUAGACCAGGAGGCAGAGUCCUUGGUGUUCGCUCUGCUCCCGGAGGACACAUCUGCAGCAGCUGCAGAGAUAGCCGUUUAUCUGAAGGAGUCUGUGGGCAACGCCGUCAGGAUAGACUAUGGAACAGGGCACGAGGCUGCGUUCGCUGCGUUCCUCUGCUGCCUCUGUAAGGUUGGAGCUCUGAAGGUAGACGAUCAGCUGGCUAUCGUCUUUCUGGUUUUCAACAGGUAUCUGGAAGUGAUGCGGAAGCUGCAGAAAACCUACAGGAUGGAGCCCGCUGGGAGCCAGGGUGUUUGGGGACUGGAUGACUUUCAGUUCCUGCCCUUCAUCUGGGGAAGCUCCCAGUUUGUAGAUCACCCAACUCUGGAGCCUCGGCACUUCCUCGAGGAGAGGGUGGUGGACGAGCAGCAGCACGAAUACAUGUUUCUGGAGUGCAUCAAGUUCAUAAACGAGAUGAAGACGGGUCCGUUUGCAGAACACUCGAACCAGCUGUGGAACAUCAGCGCUGUUCCUUCCUGGUCCAAAGUCAACCAGGGUCUGAUCCGAAUGUACAAGGCCGAGUGUCUGGAGAAGUUCCCUGUGAUCCAACACUUCAAGUUCGGCAGCCUGCUGUCCAUCCAGCCGGGGAAACCUUGAUGCUCACCGUGGAAAAACCAAAAUCCCAACAGUUUUCCUCGCCUCUGGCAUCCUCACGUGCAAAUACAACCGUAGCAACCACACACCCCACAGUAUGACACACACACUCUCACAUGUGCACGUCAUGAAAGCUCGUGGGCCUUCGGUAACUAUAAUACAGCGUGUGUUGUGGAUGAGUUUGAAUCAGGUCCUUUUUUGAGGGAUUUCUUUUCAUUUGGAGUUUAUUCAUUGAUGAUUGACUUUACCUCAGAGUGUGGAUCCUCAUCAGCAGAGUGAGGUGAUGGAAAUAAGAUUUAUUAAGACUUUGUGACUUCUUUUUAAAUCUUUUGAAAACUGUUUCGUCUUCAAUUUUAGGUAUUCUUUCUUGGUUUUGCUUUUAAGGCCAAAUGUUUUUUCAUUUUGUUGCAAAUGUUCCAGUAUUUGAAUCGCCCACUUCAUCCCAACUUGUAAGUCACGUAAAUAAUUUGCUAAGAAA